GAAGAUGGAGCCAAAAAUGUAGUAGAAUGUGUUGAGGAUAAUCAUUCAAGCAACACUUAUCGAAACAAUACCAAGUAUGUCAAUGUUCCUAGCAGAAUUUCAAAUCUGCAAAACAAAAUGAAUCUCGUAAAUCUAAGCAAAGUAAUGAUCGAAAGCGUUGCGUCAAAAUUCCAGCCUAAUCCCUUGCUCUAUAAUUUGUAUUAA